UACGAGAACUAAUUAAAAACAUGAUAAGAGUGUAAAAAAAAAAAAUUAAAUUAAAAAUGUUUAAUUGAAUCCAAUACCAUGUGGCUUACUUUUGUUUAUAAUUUGGGAAUAGUUUUCGUAGUGCAAGAGACUUUCGGAAUAAAUCUCAUAGAUUUGGAUAUAAGUAACGAUGGGUAUGAGGAUCAUGAUGACUAUGAGAUGAGUAGUGAUGAUAUAAGAGGAACGACCAGAGAGGGACGGAGAUAUUGGCUCGUCUCCUCAGAUCUGAAUCUGAAUGAACCGCCGAAGCAAGCCGAUGAAGAAGAAAAGGACGAAAGACUUAAAAGCAAAAUAACAACGCUCGUUGAACAGACGCUACACGACACCCAGACUAAAGUAUCGUCCAUACAACAUCUGAAGGAACAGCACAGAAACGAGGCCCCAUACAAGACAGGGUUCAUUUUGAGCAUGAUAAAGAAGUCCAAGGACGUGUUGAACGAGCUGUUCAAUGUCGCGGUUAAGCACAGAGAGGAUUGGAAAGCUCUGGAACAAAUGAAGGUCUUCGAAUUAAUUGUACACACGAACGUGGACACGACAAACCUCGUGAGGCAGCUCGUAGAGAUCCACAUCCAACAUAUGAACGCCACCAUCAACAACGACAAUAAAAGGAGAGUUGUUUUAAUCAAAUAAAUUUUAUAUACCUAUCAAUAAUUCGUAUGUUGUAAACUUUCGUAUCUUACAGGAUUAGGUCAAAUAAUUUAUAAAAGAAAUAUACGACCAACACGAGAGGCAGAUCUAAAAGGAAAGUUAAAUAAUAAUAAUAAUAUAGUAAUAAACGCUAAUCUCAUUUCAUUAUCGAUCUUUAUUAAUCGAUAACAUUGGGAGUGUGCUUGUUUGGAAUUUUUGUUAGAUAGUACUUAAUUCACCGGCGUGUUAUAAAACUCGUACUGAAUGUGAAAUAAAUCAGUAAGUUAUUAAUUAUUGUUCAAACGUCAAUUUAAAUCAGACCAAUAAUAUGAAUAUUAAAGAUAUUUUCGUGCUUCGUUAAGUUACCUGCAUAAUAUAUUAAGGCAUAUCACAAUACAUAAUAAUUAAAACAGAUUUAUUUCCAAAUUUUAAUCAAAACAUUUCUUAUAAUAUAUACUCAUAAAAUAAUGAGCCAAAAACUAAUCAUUAUGACAUAUAGCGACGUUUAAAUCUGUGCUAUAAUUAAAAUUAUCUAAUAAAAUUAAAAAUGUCCAACAAAUAAAACAUUGACAUUGGCUGUAUAUUCCUCGAUUCCAGUCCGAACGACGCCAUAGCAUAAAAAAAAAUAUUAAAACUUUGAUGAAUAUUAG